GGUCACAGAAAAUGCGCUAUAUUUAGAAAUAGUCUACACAUGUGUACGUGUAUACACGUACACAUGCAUAAAACAUAGAAUGGCUACUUCAUUGACUGUGUUAUGUCCCAACGGCAGGAGAGUUACUGUCAAGGUCACUCCUUCUACUGCAGUACUCAAGGUGCUAGAGGACGCCUGUCUAAAGCAGCGACUGGACCCAUUCAAACACACACUCAAACAUGGAGGUAAAACGAUGGAUCUGUCAGUAUUAUUCCGAUACACUAACAUACCAAAAAAUGCCCACCUGGAGAUGAUACCAGCCAAUAGGACACAAGCCUCAUGUGAAGUGUUGCUGGCUGUACAGUGUGAGGAUGGUUCAAGACAUCAAGCCAAGUUCAGUGACCCUUUAAUCUCGCUAUGGGACGUCCUAGAACGAGUGGGUGUGGUCAACGAGCCUAGCGGAGAGCCGGUCAUGGUGUAUAUGAACACGCAGGUGUGUGGGGAGGAGGCUCUCAAGAAAAAAAGUCUCAAGGACCUUGGUCUGACAGCUGGAAGGGCUGCCCUAAGGUUUCUUCAGCGACAAGCUAGUGCAGAGUCUGUGACCACACCAUCUCCUGUUAGUACUGUACCUGAGGCAAUAGAGGGAACAGAAGCCAUCUCAACACCGACCAAUGAGGCUCAAACUGACCCAAUUGCCAUGGAAAUUAACGAUGAUGUUACUAUGGAGAGCGAUGAUGAUCCACCAAAGUCAAAGCUGUCAAAGCCAUCAACAGAAGAGUACCACUUUCCAGCCCACCCCAUCAGCUACUUCCCUCAAGAUAUUCCCUCCAUCACUACACAAGUUGAACCUCCCACCCUAGAGCCAGCUACAGGUAGUAUGAUGACUCAAUCGGCCCUAAGUUUGGAACCUGCUGUCCUGAUGACCAACCAUCCCCCCAGCCUGGAACCAGCUAGCGUGAUGACCAACCAUCCCCCCAGCCUGGACCCAGCUAGCGUGAACACUGACCCUGCCCCAAGUUUGGAGCCAGCUACUAGUAGCCUGAUGACCACCCAUUCCCCCAGUCUAGAGCUGGCAGCUAGCCGCAGUGAGGCUUAUACCACAAGAGACCAGCCUACUACCAGUACAGGACCUGUGGCUACUGGAACCAACAUGGAUGCUGAGCCGUGUGAUCGUGAGAAGGUGGUGUACCAUCUGGACGACUCCUUGCCCCUCGUACGAACGGAGGAACUCGCGGACGACUUCUUCACUGUCACACAGAGAGACGUGCAAGUGAUGCAAAGUGACCUCAAGAAACAAGCAGCGAUGGAAGACGCCCCCCUACUGACAUCGGCCAUGAGACAAGUACUGAAAGAGAAGAGAUUUGAGGGCUACUCCCAAACAGUGCUCAGAGUUCACCUCCCCGACCGCUGGGUACUGCAAGGACUCUUCAGACCACAGGAGAGCCUGAAGGCACUGGUGAAAUUCGUAAGAGACAACUUGGCUGACCCAGGACUUAAGUUUCAUCUCUACACCACCCCGCCUAAGACAAUACUGCGAAGUGGACGGGUGACAUUACUGGAGGCGGGGUUUGUGCCUGCAGCCAUUGUGUAUCUGGGGGUGGACAGGGGAGGAGACACGACGUUCCCUUUGCUGUCGAGAGCCACUCUGGAGAAUGCACAGUCAGCACUUCAGGCAGAGCUUGCUAUAGCCAACAAGAGAGGCUCUACCGGCAGGGUCCAGUCAUCACUGACUCCAUCCACUCAGACAUCCCCCGCUGACAAUGAAGGGAGGAAAAGUGUUGUGUCAGCAGCUAUCGGGAAGACAAUGCCAAAAUGGUUCAAGAUAGGUAAAUGAUCAUCAAUCAACUGGUUUCAACAACAUGAACAAGACAUAAUUAUCAAGAGCCAGACAAAAUAGCUGAACUCUUGCUAUCUUUAUAACUAUAAUAUCAUCAUUAUAAUUAUUAUAAUAAUAGAAUGAUUUUUGUGUUUACGUGUUAUUUGUUCUGUUUGUGGUUUAAAAAGUAUCUGAACAUAAAA